UGGACAAACAAGCAAGCAAGCAGCUAGCCAGCCACCAGUGAUCAGUGGGCAGUGGGCAGUGGUCAGUUGGAGCUACAUAUCAGUGAUGGCUCCCGCCAGCGUCCGCGACGAGCACGCCGUGGCGGUGUCGGUGGAGCGGCUGUGGAAGGUCUUCAUGGACGGCUCCGCCAUGCCCAAGGCCUGCCCCGGCCUCGUCGACGCCGUCGAGGUCGAGGGCGACGGCGGCCCGGGCACCAUCUACACCAUGAAGCUUAACCCCGCCGCCGGAGUGGGGAGCACGUACAAGACCCGGGUAGCGGUGCGCGACGCCGCAGCUCGCGUGCUGAGGUCCGACGUGCUGGAGUCGGCGAGCACGGUGGGGAAGCUCAAGUCGCACACGACGGAGACGAAGCUGGAGGCCACCGGCGCGGGCUCCUGCCUGGCCAAGCUCACGGUGGAGUACGAGCUCGAGGACGGCGGCGCCGCGCUGUCGCCGGAGCAGGAGAAGAAGAUCGUCGACGGCUACUACGGCAUGCUCAAGAUGAUCGAGGACUACCUCGUCGCUCACCCCGACGAAUACGCCUGAAAAAAAAAAAGAGAGAGAUGCAUCUAC